ACUACGAACAACCAAACUCCAAGAAGAUUAAGCAAAACGAGAAGAGAGAGAGAGAGAGAGAAUGGAGAAGAGAGAUAAUCGGGAGAAGAGCGGCAACGGCGGAGGGGCGGCGGAGGAGGUGAGCGCCGGGAUCCGUACGACGGAGACGAUGCUCCGGUUGGCUCCGGUGGCACUUUGUGUGGCGGCUCUUGUUGUCAUGCUCAAAGACUCUCAGACCAAUGACUUUGGCUCUGUUUCUUACUCCAAUAUUUUUGCUUUCAGGUAUUUGGUGCAUGCAAAUGGAAUAUGCGCAGGUUACUCUCUCUUGUCGGCGGCUAUUUCAGCCAUGCCUCGCUCUUCCUCCACCUUGCCUCGCGCUUGGACCUUCUUCUGCCUCGACCAGCUUCUGACCUACCUGGUGUUAGCUGCGGGAGCAGUGUCGAGUGAAGUAUUGUACUUAGCGUACAAAGGGGACUCAGCAAUCACGUGGAGCGAAGCAUGCAGUUCGUACGGUAACUUCUGUCGCAAGGCAACUGCUUCGGUCGUCAUCACGUUCGUGGUCGUCGUCUUCUACGUGGUUCUGUCUCUCGUCUCUUCCUAUAAGCUCUUCAGUCGGUACGAUGUUCCUUCCGUCGGAUCCGACGGCAAGUGUAUUGAAGUCUCUGCCUUCGGCGGUUGAAAUUUGAGUUUAUGUUUGUUUGCUUACAAACCAGUUUGUCCAACUCGAGACGUAAUAAAAAAAAACAUACGUAGUACGUACGUGCGUGCAUGCAUGCAUGUCCUUCAUGCCUUUUGCUUGCUAGAUAAUAUGAUUCUAUGAAUGCCUUAAACUUUGUCUUAUAUUUUACAUAAUCGAUUUUUUUUCUUGCUCUUCUUGUA